UCACAUUCACAAGUCAAAGACUUGCAGUGUUGCACAAACUCAAUUUAGUACUUGAUCUUUGUAAUAAUGUUGAAUGUACAGUCUGAGUAGGCUUGGCUAAGAAGUAGCCUUUAGCCUUUUAGGUACUCGAUCGAUCGAUCGAAGUACACUGUAACUAAGUAGAGAAAUAUAGGUUACUCAUUCUUCCGGACCUGUGUGUUUGGGCUGAGAGCAUCCACAUUGAGCUAGCUAUUCACCAGUAAAAUGAAAUCAGUAACACUUGCGUAUUUGAUCGCAUACAACCUCCUGCAAUGGCUCGGAUGGCUGUCAAUUGGUGUAAUGAUGGCCGUUCACCUGGUGCAGAACGACGGCAACCACCGCGAGCUGUUCAAUGCCGUUGAGCUGCCGCUCGUUCUACUGCAAGCAUCAGGGAUUCUGGAGACCAUCCACAGCAUAUUGGGCAUCAGCAAGUCCAGCCCAGCGGCAGCGUUUAUGCAGUACUUGGGCCGCGGCUUUGCCCUGUUCCUGGUCACGCGCUCCAUUCCCGGGGUUCGAUAUGAACUAGGUGUAGUCAGCUAUCUGAUCACCUGGGUUAUGAUCGACUCGGUGCGAUAUCCGUACUACUUCAUGUCUCUGCUGGGAAAACCGCCGUACAUCCUGACAUGGCUGAGAUAUACGAGUUUCAUCCCGCUGUAUCCACUGGGUUAUCUAGCUGAGUUAACGACGGUGUACGCAGCCAUGUUGAAGGUCUGGGAGACCAACCAGUACAGCUUCACAGUGGCCGGCACUGAGAUCAACUUCUACUACCUACUGCUAUCCUACAUGGCCUUCAGCUGCUUUGGUUUCUUCCAGAACUACAGCUACAUGUUCUCUCAACGGAAGAAGGCUCUAAAGAAGGCGAAGACCAACUAGAACAAAACCAUAGGAUCAAAUUCAAACUACAUACCCACUGUGUCUGCCCUUCAGCACCAAUCAACGUCUUCUUCUCAUUAUCCUCCCGUCACCUGUUUCUUCCUCCACAGUGUUGCAGUAUGACAUACGACCCCGUGACAGAGAAAGUGAUGCACAUGCACACCUCUACCCCGGACCAUGGACAAAGCAGACCAGUACCCAUUACACCGAGAUGGAGAUCACAUACCUAUUUAGCUUAGCUGUACAUGUAAUAAGUGACUUCAAUGUCUUUUCUUGAAGCCUAGAUUUUUAUCAAUAUCAUGAAGCGGACACCCCAGACAGGUACCGGUAGCUCAUCUCUAUUCCAUUCACGUGAGAGUUUGUUUGUGCAUGACUGCGUAUGUGCAUGUGCUAGGCCCAGACAGA